CGGGGGGACAUUUUCGCUGUCGGCUUCCUGGCUAGAGGUUUGACUUCCGGGUUGUGUUCGAAUCCUUUCCGAUGCUAAUUAGCGCGUUCAGCUCGUCGCCAGCAUGUCGUUCAUAAGUACGCGUCGCUUGUUCGCUUGGUGUUUUUUAAGGGCGCCCGGCCUCGCCCACGCUGCGCCCGCCCGCCUCAACUCCAACAGGACGUCGGUGGUGCGCUGCGGUCGGCGGAAAUACGAACGCUUGUACCCGGUGAUGCUGGUGCGGCCCGACGGCUCCACUCUCAACAUCCGGUACAAAGAACCCAGACGCAUCCUGAUGAUGCCAGUGGAUCUGACCACGUUGUCGGAGGAGGAGCGUCGCAGUCGGCAGAAGAAGCGAGAAGUCAAGAAGACCGCGGUCGAGACCGCGGUCCACUACGAAGACGACUUCAAGGUGGACAAGUACAGCCAAUUCUGGAACAAGAAGAAAUGUUGAGAUUUUUUUUAUUCUCUCCAAAAAGUCAUCAUCUUGGGUGACAUCUGGCAUCUCGUGUAUUUAUAUUUGUGUGUGCGUCAAUUAAAGAACACUUCAACACA